AUGAAAUUUAUCGAUGAAUUAGAUGUCGAGAGAGUCAAUCAGUCACUGAAUUUUGAAACUGCAGACUGUAAAAUUACUGGUAGUUGUGAUAUUUUUACUACUAAGGCAGUAGCGUCAGAUAAAAAACUUUAUAAAACUAUCGACAAUCAUUUGAACGAAUUGCUACAAGAAAAUGAAAAUUACAAUUUAGUAAUACAACAGAGGAAAAAUAGUGUUAUUGAUAUUGCUAGUGAAUCGGAAGAUGCGAUUGUAAACACAAGCUCCAACUCUCUUAAUAUUGAAAAUGGACAAAAUUCUCCUGCUGAUAAACAAUACGGUAAACAGAAUAUUAAUUCCUUUUGGGAACAAAAGAGAAGGUUAUCUGUAAAUGAUAAUGAUGAUCAGGCAAAACCUAACUUCUUUGUGAGAACUAAUAAACUUAAUGAUCAAAAUUUAAAAGAAUUAGUGUCAGAAAAUGACUAUGUAAGUUCUUCUUCAGUGGAAUCUGUAAAUUUAACUAAACGUUCCAGACAUGCCAGUAACAGCAGCAUUUCAAGUAAUAUAUCAAACAAUACCAGUAGUAAUAACAACAGUAAUAAUAACAACAACAACAAUAAUAAUAAUAAUGAUUUGAAAUCAGAUGACUCGAAAGUAAAUACCUUCAAUGACACUACUCUACAAAAUAAUAACAAAUUCAAAGUCACGAAAACUCAUCCAAAUAGGAGGAGAUCCUCCAUUCAAGAUGCCCCCCCUAAUAUAAGUAUUGGUCCAUUUGGUCCAAUAAGUGAAACUGCCAGCAGGCGAACGUUUGCUUAUCUGAUUGCAAUCUUAAAUGCAUCUUAUCCGGAUCAUGACUUCUCUUCUUUAGAACCAACCAAUUUUGUCAAGAGCACCAUUAAGCAAAUGGUUUCUAAAAUUGAGAAUUCACUAUAUUCAUUAGGCAAAAAACCAGAUGAAUCAAUGUGGGAAAUUAUAAAUUCGCACAUGGAUUUUUCCGAUUCUGUCAUUUAUGAAUAUGACCCAUCUAAAUUAUUAUUAGACGAUGAACCAGGAUAUUUGUGGAGUCUAAAUUGGUUCAUAUUUAAUAAAAAAAGGAAGAGGGUCGCUUACAUAUACUUGACAUGUGUUAGAUUACAAAAUAACUUGGGAGAGCUAAAUAAAGAUAAUAUUCCUCUGAUGUCAAAAAAAGAAUAUGUUAUUGAUCAUGAUUCUAAUAAUUUUGAAGGUGAAUAUGAUUUAGCAGUUGAAGAAAAUGCAAUCGAAGACGAUUCAGAUAUGGAUGUGGCUGUAAAUUAG